AUGGAGGAGCUCUACUCACAGGAGAAAGCUCUGCAGUUGGCGGCGCAGGAAGGGGGUCCCACGUACGCCCACACGGACUUGGAGGCGUUACUGCGAGGUGCGCAGUUGAAAACCAUCCGAUUCGCGGAGGAAAAUCGGGAUAUCAUCGCCGCUGGCGCAUUCAACACCGUCACUCCCUCUGAAAAGGAGUCCUGUCUCCAAAUACUGGAGAGGGCCUACCACGAUAUCAUGAAGGUGCAGGCACCGAUGGUGCGUUGUAGUCGUCCAGCAUUCCGCAAGCUAUGCCGGUUGUGGGGUACAGACAUCAGCUACACACACAUGAUCAUGGCAGAUAGUUUCACUCGCUCCGAUGCGGCACGGCACGCAGAUUUCUCCAUGUACUCCGGCGAGAAUCGUCUGGUGUCACAAAUUGCCUCCUGUAGUGGUCCUGUUGCUGCGGAAGCUGCGGUGUUGCUGGCGCCGUACUGUGACGCAAUCGACAUCAACUGCGGAUGCCCCCAGCGCUGGGCUAUGAAGGAAGGGUUGGGAUCAGCACUUCUCAAGAAGCCGGAGUUGGUGGCGGACAUGGUGCGUUGCAUCCGAAACGGGUUGUCAAGCGGAGUAAACAUCCCCUGUGUUGUAAAAAUGCGCGUGAGUGAUGACUUGGAACGAAGCGUGGAUUUUGCCCGGCAGUGCGAAGCUGCAGGGGCGGGAUGGCUCACGGUGCACGGGCGCACCCCGCUUUGCACCUCACAUGCGCCCGUUCGUCUCGAUGCCAUUCGCAUCAUCCGAGAGUCUGUCUCGGUCCCCAUUGUGGCGAAUGGUGGGGUGCACAAUCCCCAGACAGCGCUCGAAACGGCGUUGUCCACUGGUGUGGGAGGGGUCAUGAGUGGACUGGGCCUCCUCGCGAAUCCUGCUUGUUUUUAUCUGCAGCACGAUGGCGAGCCUUUGCACUUUUCACCGCGGGGGCGGCCGCUCGAUAUCGCACUGGAGGCGUGCACGGGGCCGCGUGCUGUUGCCUACAGGACGGAAUCUGUAGCGGCGGACGGUAAUUGCCCAGUUCGUCUGCAGGGUUUGCCGUGCUGCCCGGUGGAGGUAAUUUCAGACUUCAUCCGCCUCAGCUGUGUAACCGAUCUCGCAUCGAAGGCGACGUCGAUGCAUCUGCUCAAGAUGGGUGGUAACUACCUGAGCCCAGCGGAACGCGUCUUUGUGGCGCAGAUGCACUCGUCCUUCUCGGUUAUCUCAGCAUUCCAGCAGUUUGGUUUGUAUCGUGAAGAGGGGAAGUUCUUCCAUGUCAACAGUGGCGAGGGUCUCGCGUAG